AUGGGGCAGCAGAUCUGUGAGGGUCCUGACAGGACAGAGCUUGGAGAUCACUCGCUCUUCUGGCUGAAGUUAUGGCAACAAGGAAAAGAUUCUUUAAAGAGAUGUCACAUAGGAGAGAAACCAUAUUCAUGUUCAGAAUUUGGAAAGUAUUUUACAGAGAAAUCAAAUCUUGUUAAACAUGAAAGACAUCACACAGGAGAGAAACCAUAUUCAUGUUCAGAAUGUGGGAAAUGCUUCACAAAUACAGGGAAUCUUGUUAUACAUGAGAGAUGUCACACAGGAGAGAAACCAUAUUCAUGUUCAGAAUGUGGGAAAUGUUUCACGCAGAAAUCAAGUCUUGUUAUACAUGAGAGAAGUCACACAGGAGAGAAGCCAUAUUCAUGUUCAGAAUGUGGGAAAUGUUUCACACGGAAAUCAAUUCUUGUUAAACAUCAGAGAUGUCACAUAGGAGAGAAACCAUAUUCAUGUUCAGAAUGUGGGAAGUGUUUUACAGAAAAAUCAAAUCUUGUUAAACAUAAAAGACAUCACACAGGAGAGAAACCAUAUUCAUGUUCAGAAUGUGGGAAAUGUUUCACACAGAAAUCCAAUCUUGUUGUACAUGAGAGAAGUCACACAGGAGAGAAACGAUAUUCAUGUUCAGAAUGUGAGAAAUGUUUUACACGGAAAUCAGAUCUUGUUAAACAUGAAAGACUUCACACAGGAGAGAAGCCAUAUUCAUGUUCAGAAUGUGGGAAAUGUUUUACAGACAAAUCAAAUCUUGUUAAACAUGAGAAACAUCACACUGGGGACAAGCCAUAUUCAUGUUCAGAAUGUGGGAGAUAUUUUACACGGAAAUCAUAUCUUGUUAUACAUGAGAGAAGACACACAGGAGAGAAGCCAUAUUCAUGUUUAGAAUGUGGGAAAUGUUUUACACAGAAAUCAGAUCUUGUUGUACAUGAGAGAAGUCACACAGGAGAGAAGCCAUAUUCAUGUUUAGAAUGUGGGAAAUGUUUUACACAGAAAUCAGAUCUUGUUGUACAUGAGAGAAGUCACACAGGAGAGAAGCCAUAUUCAUGUUCAGAAUGUGGGAAAUGUUUUACACGGAAAUCAUAUCUUGUGAUACAUGAGAGAAGACACACAGGAGAGAAGCCAUAUUCAUGUUCAAAAUGUGAGAAAUAUUUUACACGGAAAUUAGAUCUUGUUAUACAUGAGAGAAGUCACACAGGAGAGAAUCCAUAUUCAUGUUUAGAAUGUGGGAAAUGUUUUACACAGAAAUCCAAUCUUGUUAUACAUGAAAGAUGCCACACAGGAGAGAAGCCAUAUUCAUGUUCAGAAUGUGGGAAAUGUUUUACACAGAAAUCCAAUCUUGUUAUGCAUGAAAAAUGCCACACAGGAGUGAAGCCGUAUUCAUGUUCAGAAUGUGGGAAAUGUUUUACACGAAAAUCAUAUCUUGUUUUACAUGAGAGAAUUCACACUGGGGAAAAGCCGUAUUCAUGUUCAAAAUGUGGGAAAUGUUUUACACAGAAAUCAAGUCUUCUAAAACAUAAGAGGAAUCACACAGGAGAGAAGCUGCAUUCAGAAUAAGAAAAAUGUUUUUGCUUCUAAAGCCAUAAUUAGGGGUCAUUAGUGAAGUCACACAAGAGAGAAGCCAUAUGGCCACAAUAUAAGGAAACAAUAUAUCACUGGGUCAUAGACAUUGUUUUCAUUUCAGGUUGUAUAUUUGGAUAUAAAAGCUUAAUAGAUGUCACAUAACGGCUUCUAUAAAACAUCUAAUAAAUCCUGUUUAGGAAGACAUAUUAUGUUCAUGACUUAUAUUUUAAACCUUACAGUUAACCCUUUCAGCCCCGGAGGG